AUGGUUGUGAAGACAAGGACUUCGAAAGCCGAUCUCCUAAAACGAUAUGCAGAUAGUCAGGAAGAUGAGUUAUUCGGCGAUGUUGAGCAUGUCGAUUUUCUGCCGAGAAGUCCAAGCAAAACGACAAGCAAAAUGAGAUUAGCAUCGGCAUCUUUAUCCCCACAUGUAGAUGAGGAUGGAGUCGAUACUCUUCGAGUUGAUCAACUAAGGUUGAAUACACAUAAUCUGCCGCUGUUUCAGCUCACUCCGAAGAAUGAAGAAUCGCCUGGCACUUCAUCGCCUACAAAGUCAAACAAAUCAACAAAGUCUACAAAGUCGAGCGGUAAACGAGUCACGAGAGAUACAUUGAGCGAAUACAGCGAAGAAAACGAUACCGAUAUUACCUCUGAGUUCUCACAGGAUGAUUUUGAAGGAUGGGAUGAUUGUUUCAGUACCAAGAACGAUAGCCAAAGCCAAAAUCAAAGUAUUUACCAACAAAUGAAUCAACGUUUGAUUGCCAGGAAAGUGGCGCAGCAAAAAGAGGCUGAAAGGGAACAACAAGAGUUGAUGAAAUUGAGUGAAAUGAAGAAAAACAAUUACAAUAGUAAUAGAUUUUUGCUUAAAAAUAACAACAGUCCCAACCAAACACUAAAGCUUAAGGAUCCACAACGAUUAACAAAUGAGAAUCUUUCUCUUUUGGAUCAGUUGGAGAAUGAAAGAACAAUAAAUUAUGAGUAUACACGAGAUGAUCUUGAUCAAUUUGAAGAUGGGUUUGACGAUGAUUUUGAGGAAAGCAUACAAAAGAUUGCCAUACCACCACCACCAUCAUCAUCAUCAUUAUCAUCAAGGAGGAUCAGAGUGCCAAUUACUCACCAAUCCCUGUAUAACAACGCUGGUAGUCGUGAUAUGGCUCAUGGAUUGAGAAAAUUGCUGAACAAGCUGUCAAUGCCAUCUUUAGCGAGAAACAAUGUUGCUACUAUCAAGAAGUUCAAGUCUACAAUGGAUCUUCAUGAGAAGAUUGACGAAGAUCUAGAAGAGUUUGAGCAAUUGGAACAGCCCAAGUUCAAUCACAAUAGCAAAGUGAUUAAAAAAUUGGAUCGAAUACCUUCAUUUUAUAACAAGCCUCUGUCAUUGGUCAAUAAUGUUCGUAAUAAAAACCAAAUUCUAGAUCAAUACAAGGAAACAAAGCUGCCAUCCAAACUGUCUCGUCAACACCACCACCAUCACCACCACCACUACCAUCAUCCCGGGCAGCAUGGUCAAAUGUCGAAAAGGAUGGGACAAGUAAGAUAUUUGAACAAUAAUUCAGUGACAAAUGCCGAUAUACCUACCCCGCAGAAGAACCAAACCAUGAGGUUUAACAAACAAAAGAGUGUUUGGGAAGGUAAUGAAGUUGAUUUGCUCCGCUUUGAAAAGAAACCCUCAUUGAUCACAUACAGAGAUAUUGAACCCAGAAAUAAAUACCACGGCACGGGGCUAGCACAAAAAAGACAAGGAAAUAUGCUUUUUGACGAAAUUAAUUUGAGAUGGGUGAAUUUGGACGACGAGGAGGAGUUGAACUUUGAUGAUAUUGAUGAUGGCGACGAUAAUGUCGAGGAUGAUGAUAACGAUAAUGACGACGAGGACGAGGACGACGAGCAGGAGAAGGAGGUGGCGGAGUUGGAUGCAGAGGAAGAAGGUGAUUAUGUUGAAACAAUACACCAAUAUAAUAAUCAACAACCAACAGUACUACUGCUACCACCACACCAUCAUACUCAACAAGAAAAGAAACAGAAACAGAAACAGAAACAGAACCAGAAUCAGAACCAGAAUCAGAACCAGCUGCAGCAGCCACCUCAUCCGCAACAUAUUUCAUUACAUAAUUUGCAACAACCUCCGGUAUCUAGGCGUGGUUUGAGUCAGUUCACGCAACGGACCUCUUCUACUGCGACUGCCGCAUCCCAUGAUCCAGCGGCCGAGUCCUUGUCAUCAUUGCUGAAUGAUGUUGACGAUAGAAGAGAGUUUAAACUUAGCAAGAAACAGAUUGAGAAGUUUAACAAAGAAGAACAAAAGAUUGAUCGAAAGAUCAAUCAUUGGUUCAUUGGCACCAAUGAAAUGAAACGAGAUUAUUACUGGGAAAUUAGAAAGAUGGUGACUGAAGAAUAG